AUGGGAAUCAGCGAUGAGGAGUGGGAAAGACUACAGAAGGCUCUGGACUGGCCUAUUCCAGAUGAAGAAAUCACUCAUCUGAUUCAGAGCACAAGUCCAGUCCACUCAACUUUCUCUAUUGUGGGACUCAAAGAGAGUUACAAAGUGGGAGAAAAUAUCUCUGUUAUUAUCACAGCCAGAGACCACAACAAGAACCUGAAAAGAUAUGGAGGAGACUUUUUCAAAGCAAAACUUUUCAGUACAGAGCUAAAGGCGAGUGUGUACGGGGAGGUUGUGGAUCAUUGUAAUGGGACUUACUCUGUUGCUCUUCUUCUGCCCUGGGAAGGUCAGGCACAAGUUAAUGUACGUCUAGAGCACUCCAGUGAGGUUGUGCAGAUUCUUAAAAAAUACAGGGAGUCUUCAUUCCCACGCACCCACUUUAAUGGCUACUUUGAAGGAUCAGGACCCAAAAAUACCAGGAUCCGUGAAGUAGUAGAAUGUAAUCUUAAGUGGGGUGCAGAUGGAAGUUGGAGGAAAGGAGACUGCUGUUGUGAGCAUAAGGAUAUAAGAACAGGGACGGUGUGGCAGUGUGAGAGACCGAAGAAUCUUUCCUGUGACAAACUGGUUCGUCAUUCAGGCGGACGUUUGGAAAACCCAUUAAAUCUUCUUGAGCAGCAGCUUUUUUCAAAGAAAUUAACAAAUGUUGCUAUUAGUGGAGACCAAAAAAUCCUGAAUGUCCUUCCCAACACUACAGCCAUUG